AUGAACUUGGCGCUCCAGAAGAUCCGGCAAGGUCUCCAGGAGCAUCACAAGCAGACAGAGAGUUUCCUGCGGACAGUGGAGACCUGGAGCCAGUUCCUGGGCUUCCAGCCUGCAGAGGCCAGCCCCGAGGCUUCCCUGCAUCCAGAGGCCGAGACCCCACAGCCCUCUGGGCUCCAGGGACCACCCUUUGAAGCCGUCCUGGCCGCGAGGUCCUCAGACUGGCUGAGGCAGCCCUCCAGAGCGGACGCCGGGCCCCCCACGCCGGACACGCAGUCCCCCUGGGACCCCGAGCCCCGGUUUUGGCAGGACGUUCUGACCGAGCAGCUCUGGCAGAUCUUUGCGGGGACCCACAGGAGGGACCAGCGCCGCAGGACGACAGAACAGUUGCCAGGCCUGGAGAGCCAGGACGCAGGACCACAGGACUCAGGACUGGAACCACGGAGCAGAGAUGCUUUGGUGCCCAGCCCACCCGAGCCCUCCCCCAGCUCCCCCGAGGGCUCCGGAGAAGAGAGCACAGAGCCAGGCCUGCCAGGCCUGGACACCGAAGGGAUGCUCUCCCUCCGCGUGGCCCAGGAGCCUGCUGGGAGAGCCUACCGGUUCCUGAAGCCCAUAUGCUGGGACCCUGAGGACUUCGAGGACACGUGGAAGAGACCAGAUGCCUUGCCCUGGCAAUCCCAGAAGGCGGCCAUCCCGCACAGAGCAGAGAAGAUGCGGACGCUAAAGCACGGGGAGCCGGUGCUCGCCACGGCCGUCAGCAGCUGCAUGCGACACGCGUUCACCUGCGGCCGCGGUGGCGUCAAAGUGUGGAGCCUGGUGGGCGGGGGGCUGGAGGACCGGCGCCCCGAGAGCCACCUGCGUGUACAGACCCCCCAGGCCUACCUGCGCACCUGCCUGCUGUCCCCGACCAGCACGACCCUGCUGACGGGCGGCCACAACCUGGCCGGCGUGAGUGUGUGGGACCUGACCGCACCCUCCCUGCGUGUGAGCGGCGAGCUGCCCUGCGCAGGCCUCACCUGCCAGGCCCUGGCCUCCGGCCCCGAGGCCACCCUGGCCUUCGCGGGCUUCACCGACGGCACAGUCAGGAUCUGGGACUUGCGGGACCAGAGCAUUGUCAGGGACCUGCUGGGGCCCCCAAACGGAACCAAGAGCAUUGCUGUCAAAGACCAGAACAUCUGGACAGGGGGGCUGGACACCUGCCUGCGGUGCUGGGACCUGAGGACCCCCAGGGAGCCCCUGGAAUACCAAUUCGAGUCUCAGAUAAUGAGCCUGUCCCCCAGUCCCCAGGAAGACUGGGUGCUGGUGGGCACAGCCAGUGGCCAACAGUGGCUACAGCCCACCCGAGGGGGCCAGAAGCACAUGGUGGGGUGUAAGGACGGCACCAUCCUGGGUCUCAAGUUUUCCCCAUUUGGCCAGUGGUGGGUGAGCGUUGGGACGGAUGACCUGGUCAGCAUCUACGGCAUGCCCGCGGGGACCAUGGUGUUCCAGGUGCCCGAGACCUCCUCCAUCCUGUGCUGUGAUGUGUCCCACAACAACCGCCUGGUCGUCACGGGGUCUGAGGACCACGCCUCGGUGUACCAGAUCACCUACUGAGGGGCCUGGCCCUGUCGUCCUGACUUGGGACCCUUU